AUGAGUAAUGAUCCAGGUGAAUGUUCGCCAUCUCAGAUGAAACAUUCAUCAUCUCAGGUGAGACGUCCAUUACCUGAGAUGAAGUCCGAAAUUAUUGCGCAACAAAUCUUCAAAAAACUACUAACUAAACGUUCCUUUCAAAAGUAUCUUAUUGAUAGUACGGUGAAAGAAAUACUAAAUGAUGUUAGAUCAACUGAUACUACUACUUACGGACAACAAUUAAUCAUUCAAAACUUGGGAUUUGAAUCACCAACAAGUUGUCGACGUGUGAUUAUCUAUGAAAAUGUCGAUUUAUUGAUAUGCCACUUGAAGCUUAUCGUGGAAUCGUUCAUCAAAAGCUCAAAUCUUGCAUUCUGUGAUAUUGGUGCUAAUAUAAAUCGUGAUGCUGCUGCAUUAUUUUCUGUUCGAUUACAACUGGAAAAAUUUUUAAAUUCUGAUCACUUCCAGCUGCUACGUUUCGAACAAUUUAUUAGACGUCUUUAUACAUUGUUGCGUUGUUUUGCUGCCAGAAUUUCAACUCCAUUUCAAAUAGCCAAUUGUGCAUUCUUUGCUAGCUGCCUGUGCGAUAUGUUGUAUCGUCUUGAAGAAUUUUGCUCUAUACAUGAAAAGAAUUUCACGUCAAAAUUUGAACAGCUUCGAAAAGCCAUCGAUGUCUUUCAUAACGUGAUCGUGCGACGUUUAAAUGAGAUGAUCACAGGAAGAAUCAAAGAGGAAUAUAAAACAAUUAAAGUAGUGAAGCGAAAAUCUAGUGAAAUUAGUCCUUUACGACGCACUCCACGUAGACCUAAAUCUGCGGCAACCUUUCGUGAAGUUCAGCAAACAUUACAUCGUAGCCCGGGAUAUUUACUACCUCAUGAUCUUCAGGAAAAACGUCGAUUAAUGCAAUCACGUCGAACCACAGCGUCAUUUUCACCUUCAAAACAGAGAUUCCCAAAAAUCAGAGAUACAUCAGAAAAAAUUCAACAAGAAACAGUUUAUCGGUUAGCUCAUGAAAUAACCAAAGAGAUGGUAAAUGGUUUGGCAGCACGUGUGGAUGAUGUAGCAGUAAUAUCCAAAUGUUAA